AUGGGUGCAAAUUAUUCAAAAAAACAAGAAUUCAACAAAUUCAGUUCUAGUUCAUUAUCUUUAUUGGCAGAAGAUUGGACUGCGAAUUUUCAAUUACCUACGAAACGUAUCACCUUUUGUCCUGUAUGUUUUCGUCAACGUACUUGUAAAGGGUAUUGGUGUCAAAACUGUGAAUCGC